GAGCAGUAAUGAGAAUGUUAAUGAAACCUCUGUCAAUAUACUCAACAAUUUCAAUACUCAAUACAGUGAUGAGUGUGUAAUCGAAGAAAAUGAAUCAGAUUUGGUCGAUGAGAAACCCCAACGUUAUGUAUAUUCAUAUACGAAAGGUCGAAGAUAUGUACAACAUAAGGAAGCACAUGUGAUUGACGAAAGAAAUAAAGGUUAUAAGACAGAAGCUGGUGCAAUCAUUGAAGUUUUACAGAAAAAAAAUCCUGGAAAAUAUAUCCAUUCACAACUUAUUAAAAAACAACGUGAAGAGCCUGGCUAUUAUGUUGAUGCAAGGUUUGAGGGAAUAGAUAACCACUUGGUUGGUCUUAUAUGGAUGUGGCCAAUAGCUAACGCUAUCAUAUCAGAUGAGACAAAGGAAACAUUUUUAUGGGUUUUAGAAAGUCUAGUUAAAGCAUCAAAUAGUUUAGCACCAAAGCUUUUAUUUAUGGAUAUAGAUUGUGCAAUGGUAGCAGCUAUAAAUGAAAGGCGUUGGGCUGAUAUGAUACAAAAGUAUCCUAAUUCUGUACAAUAUUUGGAAAAACAACUUUAUCCUUGUCGAAAGACGUGGGUUCUUUGCUUUACUCAUAGAUUAUUCAAUGCAGGUGUACAAACAACUCAACGAGUUGAAUCGUAUAAUAGCCUUAUCAAAAAAUAUGUAAAUGGUACUACAUCUUUGUUUGAGUUAAUUAAUAUGAUUGAGAAAUUACUUGUUGUUGGUGUUUUGCCUAAUAUCUAUAAUGAAGAAUAUUAUACUAGAUAUUUUAAGGCAGUUGAUGAAUCAUGUCAAAAAUUUUUAACGACCAUGGUUCUUAAAAUUCAAUGUCGUGAAAUAAAUUGCAGCAUUCACUAUAGAGCACAAUUAGUUAAUUUAGAAGAUGAGACUGGUCAGUUGACUGAUGAUGUAUCAAUUGGAAUGUUCAGCGAUGAUAUGUUUGAUGCAUUUGUGAUUGAACUUGAACAAUUAAUUAGUAAUAUAGAUCAUGUGCAUAUUCGUGAAAUUUGGAAGGUCUCAUCGAUUGAUUCAAAAAGCCAACAUUAUAUAGGUGAAGGAUUUGGUGUUAUAAAAAAGACUCUUGACUUAGCAAUUGCAAUGGGAAAAUGCGAUGAAUUAUAUGAUAUGCAUCUUAAAUUUGUAAAUGAAAUGAAAAUGGAGCUCAUAAGAAAUAACGGACACAACAUUCAAGAUGAUAAUGAUCCUGCCCAAUUCGCAAUUACUAUUAGCAACCUAAUUGUUGAUCAUGAGGUACUGGGUGUUCAUAGGAAUGAAUUGUCAGACAUUACAAAUUUGAACGUGUCUC